GUGGAUCCCGGUAGAAACACUGAUGUUGAUGAUAAAUACUGCUGUCAUCUCAACCAGAUCACAUUCACUGCUUAUUCAUCAUGGACUUCGAUCUGUGCUCAGCUGUUGGAGAUGAUGAGGUGAAGAAGCAGGAGGGCAACGAGGUGGAGGGCAUCUUUGGCUUUGGAAAAAAAGAUAAAGACAAAGAAGAAAAAGAUAAAGAGUGUAAGGACAAAGACAAAGAUAGUGACAAGCCAAAGAGUGAUUGCAAAGAAGAGGAUAAAGACAAGGACAAGUGCAAAGACAAAGAGAAGGACAAGAGCAAAGACAAAGAGAAGGACAAGUGCAAAGACAAGGAAAAGAAGAAGGAUAAAGAGCACAAAAAGGGGCACGGACAUGGUCAUGGUCGGGGACGUGGACGCGGACGCGGACACAGGUCAUCCUCUUCAUCCAGUGAUGAGGACUAAAGCUGAAGACUGAAGACAUAAGGGGGCUGGGGCAAGUUGUCACACAGGGAAAAUGUCCUAAGGGAUUUAUUUUUAUAGCAACUGUGAGGUUUUGUCAAAAAAAUCCAAUUGCACAAAUGCUUGUUUUCUAGCAGUGGUUUUAUAUGUUGGUUUCAAACACCUAGUUGCUCCAUUUGUAUUAAAUUAGGAUAAUAUUUUUGGAAUUGUGUCCUACAGACAAAAAUUUCAGUACUAUUAUCUUUUUAUACAUUGGUGCGAGCUGUUACAUGAGUUCUGUGAUGUACUGCAUAUACAGUAUCUAUGAAAAUCUCCUGUUAUUUUUUUGUUUUUUAAUUUUUUUGCUGUUUGUUUUACUGUUAAAGACAUUAUAUAGCCUGUAAUACAUUUGAAAUAUUAUAUUGUGGAAAAUGGAUUGAUUUUAUGUAUUUUAGUAUGUCAUGUUUGUUUUCUCAAAACAAUUCCCAUUCUUGUGAUUUAUCCCAUAUAUAGUGACAACAUGGCCCACUAAACAUAAGUCAACAUAAUGAACGUUAGGCUAUAUUUAUACUGGAUAAUAAUGAUAGACAUGUCCAAUAGUUGUUUCAGGGUGGUGACUAUUGAAAAAGUGACAUAAGUGACUUUUCAAAAUAAACUUACUGUGAGAAAUUAAUUGGUAUAAAAA